UCAUUGCCCCUUUUCCCCAACAAAAAGUAAACGCGCCCGAGAACCUUCGCCUCGUCGCCACUAGCACCGAUUCUUCCCCGCGCCGCCAUCGUUCAUCCAACCAUACUCUCCGAUCGAUCGGCAAUCGGCGGAAGCCAGCACUCGAGCCCGCUCCAGGAGCAGAUCGAUUUGCGCGUCGGAUCCAUGGCAUCCUCGUUUGCCCCAGCCCCGGCGCCGGCGGGGUACCCGCCGCACGGCAACCAGGCGCCGCCGGGGUAUCCGCCGCACGGCAACCAGGCGCCGCUUCCGCAGCACACGGCCGUCGCCGUCACGGCGGCGAGCAACGGCGCCGGCAACCCCUACGUGCUCGUCACCCCGGCCAGCGCGGCGCCGUCCACCUGCCACUCCAUCCGGAAGGCGCUGGGGCGGUACGGCAAGCUGCUGGAGGACGGCACCCGCCGGGCCGCCGACACCACCGGCAACAUCUGGCACCACCUCCGGACGGCCCCGAACAUGGCGGACGCGGCGGUGGCGCGGCUGGCGCAGGGGACCAAGGUGUACGCGGAGGGCGGCCACGACAGGGUGUUCCACCAGGUGUUCGGCGCCGUGCCCGGGGAGCAGCUCCGCAAGGCCUACGCAUGCUACCUCUCCACCUCCUCCGGCCCCGUCAUCGGCACGCUCUACCUCUCCACGGCGCGCCUCGCCUUCUGCAGCGACUCCCCGCUCCCCUACCACGGGCCCGCCGCCCAGCCCGCCGAGCCCAUGUACUACAAGGUGGUGCUUCCCCUGAGUCAGGUGAGGACCGUGAGCCCGUCGGCCAGCUUGUCGAAGCCGGCCGAGAGGUACAUCCAGAUCGCCACCAUGGACAACCACGAGUUCUGGUUCAUGGGCUUCGUCUCCUACGACAAGGCGCUCAGGAACCUCUCCGAGGCCCUGCACCACCGGGCGUGAUCAACGUCCGUGUGCACUGCACCACCGCAGCUAAGCUCCAGUUCCGCCGCAUUGUCUGAUAACUGCUUGUCAUUCAGGGUCAGUCAGACAGUGUUUCCACUUCUUACCUGUAUACUGCAACAGUUGUUGCUCUGGAAUAAUCAAGACACCAAUUAAACU